GCCAAGUGCGAAGCAGUUACCCUUGGGGCGCCGGGGGCGGGGAGGGGUUGGCGGCCGGGACGGAAGCACAGGGAAAGGCGGGGCCGCGCCAGGAACUAGCGUAGCUUCUGCCGUUAGGGCACCCUCUUUCCUUGCUAAACACCGACUCCCCCGUCAGUCUCCAUGUGGUGUGUGUGUGCACUUGCCAGUCGGCUUGAGAGUGAAGAUCUCGAAGGAUUUCAUAGUUAAGUUGCUUUUACAGAAUUAACAGGUCUCCAAGAAAUAAAAAAAAAGGUCAUUAUUGCUGUGGUUUGAGCUCAGCAUGGCUGUAGUCAUCCGUUUACUGGGGCUUCCUUUUAUUGCGGGGCCUGUGGAUAUUCGUCACUUCUUCACGGGAUUGACUAUUCCUGAUGGAGGAGUGCAUAUAAUUGGAGGGGAAGUUGGGGAGGCUUUUAUUAUUUUUGCAACAGAUGAAGAUGCAAGACGUGCCGUAAGUCGUUCAGGAGGGUUUAUCAAGGAUUCAUCUGUAGAGCUCUUUCUUAGUAGUAAGGCAGAAAUGCAGAAGACUAUAGAAAUGAAAAGAACUGAUCGCUUGGGAAGAGAGAGACCAGGAUCUGGGGCGUCGGGGGUGGGCAGCUUAUCUAAUUUUGUUGAGGCUAUUAAAGAAGAAGCAAGUAAUUCUGGAUAUGGCUCUCCGAUUAAUCAAGCUGCUGGGUUUCAUACUAAUGGUACAGGACAUGGUGAUUUAAGGCCAAGAAAGACACGGCCAUUGAAGGCUGAGAAUCCUUACUUGUUUCUACGAGGCCUGCCUUACCUAGUAAACGAAGAUGAUGUACGUGUCUUUUUCUCUGGUUUGUGUGUGGAUGGAGUAAUUUUCUUAAAGCAUCAUGAUGGCCGAAAUAAUGGUGAUGCCAUAGUAAAAUUUGCUUCAUGUAUUGAUGCUUCAGGAGGUCUUAAAUGUCAUAGAAGUUUUAUGGGUUCAAGGUUUAUUGAAGUAAUGCAAGGCUCGGAACAACAGUGGAUUGAGUUUGGAGGUAAUGCAAUUAAGGAGGGUGAUAUUUCCAUGAGGACUGAAGAACAUUCUCCACCAAGAGGAAUUAACGAUAGACAUUUUCGGAAACGAUCUCAUUCAGAAUCUCCCAGAAGAACACGUUCUCGUUCUCCUCUCGGAUUUUAUGUUCAUUUAAAAAAUCUGUCCCUAAGUAUUAACAAAAGAGAUUUAAGAAAUUUCUUUAGAGAUACCGAUCUGACGAAUGAACAGAUUAGGUUUUUAUAUAAAGAUGAAAGAAGAACAAGAUAUGCCUUUGUGAUGUUCAAGACUCUGAAAGACUAUAACACUGCUCUGGGUUUACAUAAGACUGUUUUGCAAUAUCGUCCAGUUCAUAUUGAUCCAGUUUCUAGAAAACAGAUGCUGAAGUUCAUUGAAUGUUAUGAAAAGAAAAGACCAGUGUCAACAGAGAAAGAGAGGCUUGGGCACGUUUCACAAAAAUACUCUCAAGAAGGCUACUCUGGCCAGAAACUGUGCAUAUAUAUAAGAAAUUUUCCAUUUGAUGUUACAAAAGUUGAAGUGCAGAAAUUCUUUGCAGACUUUUCUCUUGCUGAGGAUGACAUUUACUUGCUUUAUGAUGACAAAGGAGUUGGUCUAGGAGAAGCAUUGGUGAAAUUCAGAUCAGAAGAACAGGCCAUGAAAGCUGAACGUUUAAACCGACGAAGAUUCUUGGGGACAGAGGUAUUGUUAAGGCUCAUAUCAGAGGUACAAAUGCGGGAGUUUGGUGUAGAUUUUUCUUCAGUGUCCAGUGAGAGAAUGCAUGACCAUUCACAGUCAUGUGAUAGAGAUGAUCAUUCCCAUUCAUUUGACUCAAAUGAUCUGCCAGUAUACUCAGUUGGCCCUUCUGAAAAAUUUAGGCAUCAGCAAGAGGACUUGAAGCAACUGGACGAUUUCAAGCAUCCCCAGGGGGAUUUCCGGCCUCCUGAUAGGCGCCCUCCAGAAGACUUUAGGCAUUCCUCAGAGGAUUUCAGGCGCUCCCCAGAAGACUUCAGGCGCCUUCGGGACGAACACUUCAGGUGGCCUCCUGAGGAGGACCUCAGGCGCCCUUGGGAAGAGGACUUAAGGCAUUCUCGGGAGGAGGAUUUCAGGCACCCUCGGGAGGAGGAUUUCAGGCACCCUCGGGAGGAGGACUGGAGGCGGCCACCUGAGGAAGAUUUCAGGCGGCCUCCCAAGGAAGACUUCAGGAGACCCCCUGAAGAGGACUGGAGGCGGCCUCCUGAGGACAGCUUCAGACGGCUUCCCUCAGGGGAAUGGAGGCGGCCACCUGAGGAGGAUUUCAGACGACUUCCAGAGGAAGACUUCCGGCGACCUCCUGAGGAGGACUUCAGGCGGCCCCACGAGGAGGACUUCAGGCGGUCUCCUGGGGAGGAUUUCAGGCGGUCUCCUGAGGAGGACUUCAGGCGGCCACCCCCAGAGCACUUCCGGCGGCCACCCCCAGAGCACUUCCGGAGGCCGCCCCCGGAGCACUUCCGGCGGCCACCUCAGGAGCAUUUCAGAAGGCUGCCUCAGGAGCAUUUCAGGCGGCCACCCCAGGAGCAUUUCAGAAGGCCGCCUCAGGAGCAUUUCAGGCGGCCACCCCAGGAGCAUUUUAGGCGCCCCCGAGAGGAAGAUUUUAGGCACCCGCUGGAUGAAGAUUUCAGGGGCCCUCCAGAUGAAGACUUUAGGCACCCUCCUGAUGAGGACUUCAGGAGUCCCCAGGAGGAAGGUUUUAGAAGCCCUUCUGAUGAGGACUUCAGGCGCCUCCCGGAAGAAGACCUCAGGGAAGCUCCGGAGGAGGACCCGAGACUUCCUGACAGUUUUAGACUUCCUGGUGAGGAGUUUAGGAGCCCCUCUGAUGAUUUUAGAAGUCAUCGUCCUUUUGUGAAUUUUGGUCGCCCAGAAGGUGGCAAGUUUGAUUUUGGAAAGCGUAAUAUGGGAAAUUUUCCUGAGGGGAGAUUUAUGCCUGAUCCAAAAUUAAAUUGUAAUUCAGGUAGAGUAACACCUAUUAAGAUAAUGAACCUUCCAUUUAAAGCUAAUGUUAAUGAAAUUCUAGACUUUUUCCAUGGUUAUAGAAUCAUACCUGAUUCAGUUUCAAUACAGUAUAAUGAGCAAGGAUUACCUACAGGGGAAGCCAUUGUUGCCAUGGUAAACUACAAUGAAGCUAUGGCUGCUAUUAAAGAUCUGAAUGAUAGGCCAGUUGGCCCUCGCAAAGUUAAGUUAAUUUUGCUCUAGAGAGCAUUUCUAAAUUCAGAAUUACCUCCCCACAGUAUUGAUGCGGUAAAAUGCAUUUUUUUUAAGUGUUUGUUUCUGAUUGUCUAAUGAAAAGAAACAUUUUAAUUUUGACCUGUGAAUAGAACAAAUGUAAAUAGUAGAAUGUGAAUCUGGUUUUCUUUUGCUUGCAAAUUGCCGUUCACUUUUUCUAACUUAAAAAUAUAUAUGCUUUUUUUUUUUUCCUGACAGUGGGGGAGAGAACUAAUUCCCUGAGUGCAUUAAUUUUUGUUGAUGUCAUGGGUAAACGUCAAGACUUGUAUAAAGUAGAACUGUAUUUGGGGAAGAUGAAUUUAUUAUUCACUUUUGUUUCUAUUCUGUAGUCUACAUCUUUUUACUCAAACUGUAUAAGGAAAUGGUCAGUGACCGAUUGUUCAGGGUUAGCAUUUUCAUUGCUAACUGCCUGCAGAACUAAUGUCCUCUUCCUUGUCUGAGAUAUUACUGUGUUAAUCCUCCCCUUAAUCAUAAAUAGUUCAAAAUUGCAGACUGUGAACUUGAAGUUUACUUAUGUAAAAAGCUUAGGAAAUUCUUAAAACUUCCAUGUUCGUAACUUUCAAAGUUUUAUAAAAAUAAAAAAAUUGAAACUGAAUAGACCAACUAA